AUGAAUAGAAUAAUUCUCAUUGUACUUUUAUUAUCAAUUGCCACCUCUGGAGCAUUUUGUUCAGUUUUCAAUACCAAAUGUAAACAAACUUGCAAAGAAAGUUAUCAAUCAUGUAUUCUCGGUUUUGACUCGCCAAAUAUCAUAAUAUCACUCGAAAUUUGUUCAGAAGUAUUGAGUACAUGUUUAUAUAGCUGUAUCCACCCUUUUGUAGUUGAUUUCCCAACCAAAUCACCUGCAGUUCAUAAAUAA